UAUCAGUAGCCAGUGGUCUCCGAUUGCAUCACCACUACUCACACUCAGCUUUUCUUCCUCCAAACUUUCCUUUUGAACCCGAAUCCCUUCCUUCGUUAUUGCUUUGUCAUGGGUGCCUCUUUUGUUGCUCAUGUGCUUUUUUUACUAUGCUUCUUUGCUACAACCUUCAGCUUCUUCCUCAAAGCCGAGUCAAAUGUCUCUUGCAAUGAAAAAGACAAACAAGCACUUCUAAACUUCAAACAAGGUCUCAGUGAUCCUUUGAAAAAGCUCUCAUCCUGGUCUGACCAAGAAGAUUGCUCUGGAUGGUUCGGAGUUGUCUAUGACAACAAAACUAGCCGAGUCACUGAGCUCCAUCUCAAUUAUUCGCGGUUUGGCGGUGAGAUUAGUGGUUCGUUGCUCCAAUUGGAACAUUUGAAUUACUUGGAUUUGAGUUUCAAUGACUUUAAUCGUACUCCUAUCCCAACUUUUCUUGGUUCAAUGGCUAGUCUGACACAUCUUGACCUCUUUCGGUCUAACUUCUCUGGACACAUUCCUCAUCAGCUUGGGAACCUUUCAAACCUUCGUUAUCUGGAUCUUGGAGGUAAUCAUUAUCCAUAUGCAGAUGACUUGCAUUGGAUGUCUAAUCUCUCUUCCAUUCAAUACCUUGACUUGAGCUCGCUUCAAAUAAUAGAAGUUGGUUGGCUUCAAAUAAUGAGUACGUACCCAUCUCUUUCGUCACUGUACGCGUCAGAUUGUGGACUUGUUAAUCUGAAUCCACCUCUUGGAUUUGUCAAUUUCACAUCUCUUCAAGACCUUGAUCUUUCCUAUAAUCUUUUCAGUCAUGAGAUACCUAAUUGGUUCUCUAAUCUCACUACAAGCCUCUUGUAUCUUGACCUGAGAGGCAAUUCUCUAAGAGGCGAGAUACCACCGAGCUUUUUCAAUUCACCGAAAUUAGAAUUUUUAUACUUGUGGUCCAAUAAGCUAAUUGGAAAAAUUCCAGAGUCGUUAGGCCAGCUUAAACAUCUAACACUUCUCCAUAUGGGAGAUAAUUCUUUUAGUGGUCCAAUUCCUUCUUCCAUUGGGAAUUUAUCUUAUUUGGAAGUAUUAUGGCUCUUUGAUAACCAGUUGAAUGGUACCAUUCCAAAGACUCUUGGGCUACUCUCAAAUUUAGUUGAUUUAUAUGUCGGUAAUAAUUUCUUGACAGGGACAUUAGACGAAGAGCAUUUUACUAAACUCUCAAAAUUACAGUUUCUAAUUAUCUCUGAUACAAAUUUGUUCUUUAAUGUGAAAUCCAAUUGGGUCCCUCCUUUUCAACUUACAUCUAUCAGAACGAGCUCUUGCAAGAUAGGUCCCAACUUUCCAACGUGGCUACAAACACAAAGAUCCGUCAGUGAAUUAUACUUGUCCAAGUCAGAAAUUUCAGACAAGGCUCCAGGUUGGUUCUGGAAUUGGACUUCAAACAUUGAAGCAAUCGAUCUCUCUGACAACCAAAUAAAAGGGGAUGGAUCGGACAUUGUGCUGAACUCUAGUAUCAUAAAUCUAAGUUCUAAUUGUUUUAAAGGUCAAAUGCCACAAUUGUCAACAAAUGUCAAGAGGCUAAUUAUAGCUAACAACUCCAUUUCUGGACCAAUUUCCUCUUUCAUGUGCCAAAAGAUGAAUAGAAAGAAUCAAUUAAUGGUUUUAGACGUAUCAAAUAAUCUCUUAACAGGUGCACUUCCUCACUGCUGGAAGUAUUGGCAAUCUUUGACCCAUCUAAGCUUGGGAAGCAAUGAUAUAUCGGGUAGAAUUCCGUACUCCAUGAGCUCUUUAGUUGCACUCCAAUCACUGCAUUUGCAAAACAAUAGAAUCUCAGGAGAUAUACCUUCAUCAUUGAAGAAGUGCUCAAAAUUGAGUCUUAUUGAUAUAGGUGAGAAUCCUUUGUCAGUGGCCAUACCACCAUGGAUUGGAGAAAUGACAAGUCUUACAAUUCUCCGAUUAAGUUCCAAUGGAUUCAAGGCCCAUAUACCUCUACAAAUAUGUCAACUUUCUUCUCUUAUAGUAUUGGAUCUUGCCAAUAAUAGCCUUUCAGGACACAUACCGAAUUGCUUGAAAAAUAUCAACGCCAUGACAAUACCUACACCCAAAUUUGAAGCUCAAUAUUCUUUCUAUGAAAUGCAUGGUGGGUUAAGUUUUUCUGGAACCUAUCUUGAGAAUCUCAAGUUGGUUCCCAAAGGGAUGGAACUAGAAUAUGAAAAAAACCUUCGCUUUGUUAAGAUCAUAGAUCUUUCAAGUAAUAACUUGUCUGGAUCAAUCCCUUCAGAAAUUUUAGUUCUUUCCGAAUUGUGUUUUUUGAACUUGUCGCGAAAUCAAUUGAUAGGAAAGAUACCAGAAAAAAUUGGGAUCAUGAAAAAGUUCUAUUGAUCUCUCACAAAAUCAUCUAUCAGGUGAAAUUCCUUUAAGCUUGUCUAGUUUGACAUUUCUUGGUCACUUGAACUUGUCAUACAACAACUUGUCAGGCAAAAUUCCAUCAAGCACCCAGCUUCAAACUUUUGAUGCACUCAGCUACAUUGGCAAUCCUCAACUUUGUGGUAAUCCACUUCCAAGAAGCUGCACAAUUGGGGAAGAACCUCACAAUAGGACACCAAUUGGAGCAACUGAAGAGAACUCUAAUAAUUCCAACUUCUACAUUGGUAUGGGUGUUGGAUUUGCAGUUGGUUUUUGGGCAAUUUGUGGAGUUCUCUUCUUCAA